AUGGCUAUCCAUUUAGCAAGGCCACACAACGUGGACUUGGCUGCAGUUUUGUACAUCAUAGAAGGCCUUAAUUGCUCCGAAGGACAGAGGGAGUUUGUGACGGAACACCAACUUCUGAAAGCCCAUCAGCAACCACUAAUGGAGGUUGACCCAAAGUUAAAUAAGUGGCCACGUCCAGCUCAACAAGUUGUUGCUAGAUGGGGAGGGACCAUGCAUGCGGAGGAGCCAAGAUUCUGCAAUCUUGGGACCACGACACGCCAGAUUCGAAGGACUUCGGAUUAUGCAAUAUACGGUAGUAAUGCAUAA